GGUCAAAGUCUUAUUGGAGGCUACGUAGCCAAUAUUUUAUUCAAGGAAAACUCCCUUUCAAGUAAAAAAAGUAGAUAAUUAAACAAGAAGGGAAAUUUAUUUGGGUUUAUUUACGAAGUAUACAUCUUUUCAAACUCGACCAAGUCAAACAGUCGACAAGUUCAAAAAACUAAGGAAUCCAGAAAACAUCAUCCCUCUAAAUAUACACACAUAGUCGAUGCACAAAACCUAUUACAACCAACUGAAACCGCCAUGAUGGAAUGCUUUCAGUUCUUUAAUUUCAUCAUAAUUCUGAAAGAUUCCAUAAAACUAUGUGGCCAAAACUGGAGGUUGAUGGCCUUAGUAGCCACACUCUCCAUGAUCUCUUCUUCAAUCUUCUUCUUCAUCUUCUCGGCCUCGUCGACCGCGCUCGUGCUCCACGACCUGCUCGUGAAGGAAUCCGUGAUCCCAAUCUUCAGCUCCGUCAUCUCCAAAAUCAUCAGCGACGCCACAGGCGUCACCUCCAACCUCCCACCCGGUUUCGUGCCCCUCUACUUCCUCAUCACAUUUCUCUCCAUAACGGCCACCGUUACCGUGUCAACGCAUUCUUGUAACGGUAACCGUUUAUCGUUAAAAGAGCUGUCUACGAGCAUCGUCAAAUCGUGGACUAGGCCGUUUGUAACUGCGUUUUACACGACGGUUUCCGUCGUGGGAUACGAGGCCUUGGCAUUGUACAUGGCGAUUCCGCUGCUCACUUCUUCCCUCGUUUCCUCGAACGUGUCUUCCCGAGCGGCCGCCGUUGUCUACGGCAUCGCCGCCUGCGGCUUGUAUCUGUACGUGUGCGGCGUUUGGAUUAUGAGCUUGGUAGUUUCGGUGGCGGAGGAAGAUGGUGGGAUUGCUGCUAUUGGGAAAGCUGCGAUGAUGAUGAAGGGGCGGAGAUGGGAUGCUUUUUUGUUGAAUGUUUGGAUGAAUUUUGUUGUAUUGGUAGGUUUGAUUGCGGUGUUGGGGAGUGGGGGUGGUGAGAUUUGGUUGGUGAACAUUUGUUGUUUGAUUAGGAUUUUGACGUUUGUGGCUUACACGGUUUUGUAUUUUGGUGGCAAGGAAUUAGGGGUUGGAGAGGAGGUUGAAUUGGAUGUUGAGUAUGCUAAACUAUCCAUUACUCCACUUGUCCAACUAUACUCGGGCAUACAGAGAUGAUCUCUCCUUUACUUUUGUUGAGUAUGUAAUUAAUCUAUUUUUGUAAUUGGAUUUUUUUUUGUUUCAUUCUCGACUAUAUGUGGGGAUGAUGUUGUAGUUAUAAUAAUUUUGAAUUUAAUUUAUCAUUGUAUUUGGCCCAACCAUUGAGAGAUAAAACAUUGAACCAAAAUAUGAUGAUA